UACUUAAUCUUGCCCAUCCUCACACUUGAUGGCAUCAUUGCCUAUGAUAUCAUUGAAGGGUCUGUGAUGAGUGAGAGAUUCAUGCAGUUCUUACAAGAACAUUUGCCAUUGACUAACCUCUACCCUAGCCCUCAUAGUGUUCUUGUGUUGGACAACUGUCAUAUCCACCACAGUGAAGAGGUCUGA